GUCAGGGGUUCCUAGUUGCAGCGUGAUUACCAACGCCAGCUCCCUUCACUGGCCAAGACAGCGAUUCCGCGGCUCCUCUGAGAACUGGCGCUUGGGCGUGACGGAUCGGGCCCCUGGAGAGGAGCAGUGCUCACAGGUUCUUAGCUCAAGCGCAAGAAUUACUGCAAUCCAGUAAGGCAGAUUUGAAGUAUUGUGGGAGUUCUAUUUAGGAAGAUGCAACCUCUGAGCAAGUUGAUGGCUAUCUCAAAACCUCAAAACCUGUCUCUACAUGAAAAAAGAGACUUUCUGAGAGCAGAUCUGUCUUGGCAGCAGGAAACCACCCCUGUCAUGGAGACACAGGACUCUGAGGCAUCUCGUCAAAAGUUCAGACAUUUCCAAUAUUUGAAAGUGUCUGGACCCCAUGAAGCCCUGAGCCAACUCUGGGAGCUCUGUGUUCAAUGGCUGAGACCAGAGAUUCAUACAAAGAAGCAGAUCAUUGAACUGUUGGUGCUGGAACAAUUCCUGGCAGUCCUGCCUGAAGAAGUCAGGACUUGGGUGAAUUUACAACAUCCAAACAACAGUAAAGAUGUGGUGACUCUCAUGGAAAAUGUGAUUGAAAUGCUUAAAGAUGAAGAUACACCCUGCAAGGACUCUGUGCCCCAGAAGGCGAGCAUCAAGGAUAAAAUGAAGGCUGACUCACUAACAGGCAAACCACAGGAACCAGUGACAUUCAAAGAUGUGGUUGUGGAAUUCAGCAAGGAAGAGUGGGGGCAACUGGACUCUGCUGUAAAGAACCUGUACAGGGAUGUGAUGCUGGAAAACUUUAGGAACCUGAAUUCAUUGCGUAAAGCACAUCUACUUUCCAAACCAGUUGAGAGCCUUGAGUUGAAGAAUAAGAAGAAAAGAUGGAUAACGGAGAAAGAAAUAUCAAGGAAGACUAUUUCUGACAUGCAGAGUAUUUCUGGAGAAGAAACAUCCCAUGGAGUGAUUAUGACAAGGCUUACCAAAAGUGGACAACCUUUCUCAGAUGUCUGGAAAGAUGAGGAUUGGUUAUAUAGGAACCAGAAAAAACAGGACAUAGAUUUGCCACAAGAAUUUCCUGAAACAAUCUAUACUGAGGAGGAAGAUUUUGGAUGUAGUGAAAAUAAGAAAAGCUUUGAUAUUAAUUCAGUUAGCUCAAUUUGUGCUAUACAACAGGGAAUUCCAAAAUGUGAGGGGUCUCCAAAAUGUGAUAAGUGGAAAACUCACUUCAAAUUUAAUUUAGACUCAGUAGGUAAGCAACAUUCAGAAUAUGAUGAAUAUGGGAAUGACUUCAGCCUGAGUACAGAUAUUCAACACCAAGAAAGUCAUACUACAAUGAAUUUCUAUGAAUGUUACCAAUGUGGAAAAGCCUUCUGCCGAAGUUCAUCCCUUAUUCGACAUCAGAUCAUUCACACAGGAGAGAAACCCUAUAAAUGCAGUGAAUGUGGAAGAUUCUUCAACAGACGUACAAAUCUUACUAAGCAUCAAAAACUUCACACUGAAGCAAAGGCCUGCACAAGCAAUAAAAGUCAAAAGGCCUUCUGUAAAAGUGAAGACAGUAAUAAUUCAACAGUCCACUUUAGAAAUAAUUCCUAUGAAUGCGUUAACUGUGGAAAAUCCUUCAACCGGAGCUCCUCUCUUAUUCGACACCAAAUAAUUCAUACAGGAGAGAAACCAUUCAAAUGUAAGGAAUGUAAUAAAGCCUUCAACAGGAGUUCAAACCUUGUUAAACAUCAAAAACUGCAUACUCAAGAUAAGUCCUGAAAAAAGAAAAAAUGAAAGAUUACCUUCAGUCAAAAUGCAGAAAUCAUUCAACAUCAUGAAUUUAUGCUAGAUAAAAUCUCAUGAAUAUAAUGUAAGAAAACAUACUAUUUAUUCUUUAAAUUGAAAACAUAUUUAAAGAUUAUUCUUUAAAUAUGUUUUCUCAUAUUUAAUAAAUAAUAUCUUUAAUAUGUUUUCUUACAUUAUAUUUAAUAAUUAAAGAUUAUUCUUUAAAUAGUAUGACAGAAUUAAUAAUGGAUAGAAAUAUUAUUGGAUAGAAAUCUGUUUGAAGGAGUUUCCCUGGCUUUCAGAUGAAGCAAUAAGGCUUUGGAGUUAAACACAGUAUCACCAUAGAAGUGUUUGUGUAUCAUUAUUUUGAUAUCCAUUGCCCUCACCUUUCCCUAGUUCAUAAAUAGGGCUAUAGCAUUCUAAUAUCCACCUGAUUUAUUGAUGAAGCAGACAUUAGGCAAAGCCAAACAAAAUACUCUUAAAGCUGAUACUUAAUAAAACUCAGCCCUUUUACGAGGGUCACAAAAAUCAGGAGCUCAUGAGAAUAAAAGAGAAUAAAAGCCCUAUAUAAGGACAGAAAUCUUUGAAUUAAUGCCUAAGACAACAGUAACAGCCAUUUACUCCACCCCUGACAAUAUCCUUUGCUGUCUUGGUGCUGAAUGGAAACUAGAGUUGAGAGAGGGUUAUCAAUUGCAAUGGGAGAAGGAUGUAUUGUUGUUAAUCUAUAUGUAUUCUUAAAAUCUGCAUUUUUAAAAAUCAUAGCAGGUCUUUGAAAAAUGUUUUUGUUUUGUUAUAAUGUUGUAAUUGUUAUAAUGUUGAUGAGACAGAUAUCAAUUCCCAGCCAGGGACACUGUCUAUGUGGAGUUUGCACAUUCUCCCCAUGUUUCCAGGUGCUCCAGUUUCAAACCUCAAAGAUUAAUUGAUCUAUUAGAUUAAUUGACAUUUCUAAAUUAUCUCAGUCUGAAUUUGCCUGUGAGGGAGAGUACCCUGCAGUAGAAUGGCUUCUAAUCAGGGUUGGUUCCCAUCAUUGCCCUGAGCUGCUAGGAUGUGCUCUGUCCACCCAUGGUUCCGUACUGGAAUAAUUGGGUAAAUAAUUAUGUUACCUGUAUUUUUUAAUCCUUCUUAAAUGUGUGUAUAGCUCAGAUUUAUCUUCAUGUCUAAUACUGGAAGCAUUUGGUAUCUUUAGAAGUUUGGUUACGUUGUGACCAGACAUUUGUCAAAGGAACUUAACUCUUGUUUGUAUCCAUUAGUCUAUGGUAAAAUUGAUUUUGUUAUACAUCAUUUCACUUACAGUUGUAGUUUCUAAGAACCUAUUGAUGACGUUCAGUGCAGACUUACUGUACCUUUGGGAACCUGGGUUGGAGAGACAUCCAUAGCCUUAGUUAUAUCAUUUAUCCCAGACAUGAGCUUAUUAAAGUGUCCUAAUACUCUAUACACCAGAACUGUGUCUUCUGUAAACAACCACAGGAUCCCUUCUGGUUCUUGAGACAAGAAGAAUGACUUAAUCUACCCCAAAAAAAUUCGCGCUGGAGACAUUCCCAAUUGAUGAUGGUAGCUUUUUGUGAAAGUUUCUACUUUAUUCAAAGGCAGAAAAGGUAUACUGGAGUGAACACCUAUGAUUUGUUAAAUAAUGUCAAAA